AUUUCGAUCCGCGGUCAAGAGAGGUGCGAAGCAGUUAAUUCCUUCGGUGGAAGUGCGCGAUAUUCAACGGGUCAUCAAAAUAAAUGCAGGAGAAACAGAAUGAUUAUUACAAAAUGAAUUGAAGGGGACACAGUCUCUACAAACAAUGGAUGAUACAUGUUUCGAUGCCCUAACAAUGUCACUUUGGCGGGAGAGAAGAACAGUGGCGCAGCGCGCAAAGCGUAUAAUUUUAGGAUCAUCAAUUUGUAUAGCGUUCAUUAGAUGAAUGUAGAGAUCCAAGCAAGCAUAAGUAUGGACAGAAAAUGCGGUACUCCCAUUGUAUCGCGGACCUGAAUACUCGCUACUUUUCAGCUGCGGAUGUUAUGCAGUUAUGCGUUCCAACUACUCUGAUGCUCCAAAUAUAGCGACAUACACAUAAAAAUAAUAAUACGAGAGGAUGCAAUAAAUGGAUACAUUAUUUCUAAAGGAUAAAUAAAUAAAUAAUAAAUUGCAAUUGAAGUAAGCAAAUAGAAUAGUAAAAUGGUGAAAGGCUCAUGUAAGAAUAACGUCUGGUCUUUUGAAAAUAUAUCUAGACAGAUAGGUAGACAUCUAUAGAACUGGAAGAGAUGACAGCGAGGAACAAUAACCCGCAGCAUCGGUAUAUAGGCCUCUUCGCCCUACACGUGGUACACUUUCAAACGACACUUUCGUAUGAAGAUGACGAAGCUUCAUUUUUUGCAGCUUCUGUUUCCCGAAGAACGUCCAUCUAGGUACGGAGGGGUGAACAGCGUCUAGCGGGGGCGUUGAAUUGGCAAUCAGUCGGCAGACGACGUAGACGGGUCCGAUUACAGUUCCACGAGCCGAGCUACGCGAGUAACUCGAGCUAACUGGCCUGAUAUGAGAGCUCGAGACUAACCGUCAACUACGGACAAUCUAGCCAUCAACCUUAAACGGAAUAUAUUUACGGUUAGAUAUCCGCACAUACGUGCCGGCGCGCGUUCUCCCUUUGUAAAAGUAGCCAUAUACGCGCACACGUGUAUCAAACUCCGGGUGAAGCGAUACAAUGACGUCAGCAUCCGUUCCCUUGGCACGUCGCUGAGAAACCGCUUCAUUACACUCCAGAAAAGGGUUUUGGUUCACUAAAUAUUGCAGAAGCUUUUGACUUCACGAAGUGGUUUCGUCGCAGGCCACUUUCGAAAAGACGUUUCACUAAUCAUUGAGCAGGUUCCCUUCGCCGACUUCUAUCUGCUGUAAGGGUUGAAAACUUUCCUUCUUACUUUCAAGUUUGAAUGAGUGUCACAUUGUUCAGAAGAUUGUGACUUUGACCAACAGAAUUGAAAUUAUAUAUCAGCAAGUAGAUUGAAUGUUAUUUUAGAAAAGUAAAAGGCAAAACGCGGGCAAUUGAAAGGUAUAUGUAAAUCAGAUGCGGAUAAACAGGCGACUUGCAUUUAUUGUGCGUUUAUCGAGGUCUAGGAUAAUGCACGAAAAAACUGGUAUCAAGUACGAUUAAUUAUAAAGCGGUAAUCGAGUUGUUAUAAAGAACCUUACUUUCAAUUUCCAACCGCUCUAUUCGUUAAAAUUUAUACUGAUACUCAUUACGUCACAAUAGAAGCCCUGCUUUCUUAAUUGAGAUCUCGAUCGACGCAAGGACGUGAAAACAAUUACAUAAGCAGCUUGUGUACUCAAUUAGAAUAGCAGAUCUAUAAUUUCAAGGAAUAUUUUAUAGUAUCAAAGUUACUUAUCAUUUCGGAUGUGUGGGGUUACAAAUGAAGUGAUCAGUGAUGCAAUUUGCUGCAUGACGAAAAUCUUAUUUUACGGUGAUGUAAUGCGGCCUACCUUUCAUAAUCAUGAGCCCUGAUGAUCGCGUAUCGUCGUGCUUGAUCUUGCAGCCUUGGCAAGAUCAUUGCCACCGCGACGAUCGUCGGUGUACCACUGCGAGGAGCGAUCGACGAUUACGCGUACCUCCGUCACGGAAUACUCUGCAUUUAAUUGUAAUAUAUAGCGCUCUACUUAUUCAAAUGUAUUAUGACACUGAGGGUUUAUUUGAUUUAUAAAAUGGUCGGUCAAGGAUCUUCGGGUUAGCACGCGGGUAGCUAGAAUAUUAUUGUCCAUCAUCUUCCACGUAAUCUGGUUGUAUUUAUGUAACGAAAUUGUCGGGUUAUUAGAUUGUCUCCGUGCCGGGUCGGAUCUGUUAACCGAAGAGCUGAAAUUUAUUGCUUCAUAUUCAACUCCUUAUUUAUGAUUGUUAUGGUACCAAACUAUUUCGAUGCUUCAUAGUUUUGUAAUUCGUAGAGAAAGUCACAAAUCGUUAGGAAUUCAUGUGAUUUCGAAAAGCGACAGGUUGCACGAAGAAAAUCAUUGUAUCUGGGAGAAAGCUGCGGUUUAGGUGUCCCUUGUCCAUCGCGCACGACAGCUACGGAUGCAGUAUGGAUUUCUAAUUGAUACUUCGCAAUAAAGUACGAUUUUCUUUAUUCUGACUUCCUGUUUCAGAAGGUUUCGUGAUCCUUAUCCGAACGAGUUGCCUGUUCAGCUGCAGUUGAAUCUAGAUCGUAGUUAGCGGACGUAUACUUUCAUCCAAAUUAAUGAAACUUAAACGAAAAUGAAAGGAAAUGAAAGCAAAUUGGACUGUCUCUGGAGUCGUGAACCGCCUUGGGAGUAAAUGGAACAAAGACGAACUUAGGAUUCUACGUAUUUUCAUUAUAAGAGGAAAAUAUUAAUUUGGAAUCUCGGCUGCAAUCAUCCCCUACCGGGUUCAUAAUGGUCUGCUCUUUUUUAAUUGUCUUAAGGAAGCUAUCAUUUUAGUAGGCUACAAGAGCCGUUCUAAACAAACCACCAGCACAAUAGAAACAAUUAAACGUGGGCAAGGAGUCAAUGAACUCCAAUGAAAACAGUUUAUCGCACUAUUUAAUAAAGCUCUUGUUUCAGAUCGUAAUAUCAGCGACUUGAGCUGAAUAAACAGUGCUCUGUUCGGAACAACAUAGUCACCUUUUGUUUGGCAAUAAUCAACAUUCUUUGUGCUAUUCGACGCCUUGUGCAGCUGUGAUGUCAUUUCGUGGAAAAAAAGCUUGUCCCUCGAAGAAGAAAAAACUUCCACUGUAACAAUGGAUGCUCCAAAAGAUACGCAGGUGGCGACUAGCAUAUCAGAAAGGUGCAUCGACGUCUCUGCACCCUCUACCUGAUCAGGACUUCAAGCAGUUAGCUGAAGAAUACUUCUUAUCGGUGUGACCGAACCGAUUGCAGGCCGACCGUGAUGUGACGUCAGCGGAAAUACUAUGCAGAAGUGGUACAUUCGAUAAUGUGCAUAUUUGAGUAAUAAUUUUAUAAAGUAAAGAAAGUGAUACCUGAUGAAACCUGAUUACAUGUGUUAUGCAGUAGUUGCAAAACAGUUAUUUAUCAACAGUUUCAGGUGGAUGCUACUCCAAAGCUGGUUCUUUUAUUCGUUGCAAAUUAUAUCUGAAGAUCAAAGGCAAAAGGGAAGCGAAAGAUCAAAGGAAAAGAACGAGCGUACAAAAUUCGCGGUCGAGAAAUGGAGAAUAAGGAUUGAGAGUGACGGAACGAGUCGAACAUGGUCGAGGGGUGCCGAGGUGGAACGAACGUUCCCGAUCGUUGCGCGCUCAUCGCUAGUAGCGGGAGUCUCGAACGGCGCGGCAAUCAGUUCGAAUCCAGCAUUUCUCGACGAAGUGUGCGGACCGUCCUUUCUCUCUUUCUUUCUCGAUUUUUCGCGUCGCCGACCAUGACACGCCGGUGCUCGAAAACGUGCAGGUGAAGAUAAUAGUUCCAAUUACUUCUGGUAUUCCAUCUAUUCAAGGAAAAUAGUGAUUUUCGAAAGCGGUUCAUCAGCGACUCACGUGGAACAGUUUUAAACAGAUCCUGCUCUGUGUAUCAAGGGAAUCGAGCCACGAUGCCGUUGAGCAUAGAUGAACGGGGAGAGAAAGGAAGGAGAGACGGAAGAAAUGAGUGUUUCUUUUAAGUCGUUUCUCUAAUUUGAAUACGAUGCCCAUUGAUUAUUGUGUAACACUCGCUGACAGAUGUUACAAGAUGUGGAGCAAUCUAACCUGCGUGGACGAUUUCCUGAAUCGAGCCUUUCAUAAACUAGGUCUGAUAGUCGGUCGUUAUCCCGGCUACUUCGUGGUUGUUCCGGUUUUGUUGGCCUGCAUCUGCUUCACCGGUUAUCAGAGGAUACAUUACGAGAUUGACCCGGAAUACCUGUUCUCUCCGACCAAUGGACCGAGCAAAACUGAAAGGGCGAUCGUUGAACAGUACUUCAAGGUCAACUACAGUCAUCACUUUGACCUGAGCCGCAUUACCAGGCCAGGUCGAUUUGGUCACGUAAUUAUAACGUCGAAAGAUGGGAACAAUAAUUUGCUGAGGACCGCGGUGUUCGACGAACUGCUGGAGUUAGAUCGUCUGAUCAGAACCGCCAAGGCGACGUACGACGGUGCAGAGUUUACUUACAGUCAGAUUUGUGCUAAGUGGCUGGACACGUGUUUUAGCAACAACAUUCUGGACCUGCAUCAUGUCAUAGAGGAUGUGGAAAAGAGAGAGCUAAACCUGACGUUCCCGGUGACGCUCAAUCCCGUCACCUGGGACAUCCACCUACUACCAGUGUUCUUUGGAGGAAGCGUGAUCAACGAGGACCUGAUCAUCGAGUCCGUCCCAUCGUUGCAGCUCGCCUAUUUCCUUGCCGCUGACGACGCGUGUCAGGAUGCAAUCGGGGCAGCUUGGGAAGAAGCUUUCCUAGACACCUUAAAAAAUGUCGAGGAACAGGGUGUCUUCAAACAUAUCGCCACAGCGAGGUUUGCCUCCAGGACCCUGGAACUGGAACUGGAGGAGAACACGAAGACCAUUGUACCUUACUUCUCCAGCACCUUCAUUCUCAUGGCUCUUUUCUCCGUGCUCACAUGUAUGAUGACCGAUUGGGUACGCAGUAAACCCUGGUUGGGCCUUCUUGGAAACGUUUCCGCAGCGAUGGCCACCGUUGCUGCCUUUGGGCUGUGCAUUUAUCUAGGAGUAGACUUUAUCGGUCUCAAUUUAGCCGCACCGUUUCUGAUGAUUGGAAUCGGAAUAGACGAUACGUUCGUGAUGCUGGCUGCCUGGAGACGAACCAGUAUCUUGAAACCCGUACCUGAAAGGAUGGCUGCGACACUCAGCGAGGCUGCUGUGUCGAUUACGAUCACUUCUCUUACCGACAUGAUAUCAUUCUUCAUUGGGAUACUCUCACCUUUCCCUUCGGUGCAGAUCUUCUGUAUUUAUUCAGGUUUCGCUGUGGUCUUCACCUUCGUCUUUCACCUGACCUUCUUCACAGGAUGCGUGGCUAUCAGCGGUUACUGCGAGCAGAAGAAUCUGCAUAGCAUCGUGUGCUGCAAAGUGCAGCCACUCUCGAAAUCUUCGAACCGAUCUUGGUUGUACAGAGCGCUGUGCACUGGCGGAGUGGACCCCGACGAUCCUUACAACCCCGUGGACAAUCCGGAGCAUGGAUGCAUGAGCUGGUUCCGCGAUUACUUGGCUUCCGCGCUGAACUGUCGAUCGGUCAAGGUCGUGAUCAUCCUGAUCUUCGGUUGCUACAUCGUCGGCGCUCUGUAUGGACUGACGACUCUUCGGGAGGGCUUGGAUCGUCGCAAGCUUUCCAAGAACGAUUCUUACUCGAUCACUUUCUACGAUAGACAGGACUUCUACUUCCGAGAGUUUCCCUACAGAAUACAGGUGGUGGUUAGUGGCGAGUACAAUUACAAUGACCCAGUAAUUCAGCAACAAGUGGAGAACCUAACCAGAGCCCUGGAGGCCAGUAAAUACAUCAGCAGCGCCCCUAUUUAUACUGAGAGCUGGGUGCGGAGUUUCCUCAGCUAUGUAAACAAUAACCCCAAGGAAGUCGACAUCCAUGACGAGAAGAGUUUCAUAAAGGUGCUGAAGGACACUUGGCUGUCCCCGAAGAAUAGCUUCUCCCUGGACGUGAAGUUCGACGAGAACGAAGAGCACAUUAUAGCCAGCAGAUUCCUUAUCCAGGCGGUGAACGUGAGCGGGACCAAUCAGGAGAAGGACAUGGUGAAGGAGCUGCGUCGAAUUUGCGCCGAGUCUCCUCUGAACGCCAGCGUGUUUCAUCCUUACUUCGUCUUCUUCGACCAGUUCGAGCUGGUGAAGCCUACCAGCAUCCAGUGUAUGGUGUUCGGUGCUCUCAUCAUGAUGCUGAUCAGUUUCAUCUUCAUUCCCAACGUGCUGUGUUGUCUGUGGGUCGCUUUCUGCAUUAUUUCCAUCGAGUUGGGUGUCGCUGGCUACAUGGCCCUCUGGGACGUCAAUUUGGACAGUAUAUCCAUGAUCAACCUGAUCAUGUGCAUCGGUUUCAGCGUCGACUUCACAGCCCACAUCUGCUACGCCUACAUGAGCUCUAAACAAAAGUCUCCAGAUGACAGAGUGAAGGAGAGCCUCUACAGUCUUGGUCUGCCAAUAGUCCAAGGCGCAGCAUCAACUAUUCUGGGCCUAAUAGCUUUACUGCUCGCCGGAACCUACAUAUUUAUGGUGUUCUUCAAGAUGGUCUUCCUGGUGAUCUUCAUAGGAGCCAUGCACGGCAUGUUCCUUCUUCCUGUACUGCUGUCUCUCUUCGGUCCCUCCUCCUAUUCCAACGAGAGGAUAGAGAGCGAGAAGGCGCAGCAGAAGAAGAUGCAAGAGAAGGACCUGUCGUCUAAGCUUCAGCAGCCCUAUGUGAUCCCACAUCCGACUCUGUCAUUCUAUCACCCGACAGGAACGGCGAAGAGCCUUCACGGAAGCCCCGCAACCAGUCUAGCUGCGUUCGAGGAAAGGGAUCUAGGUCUAGGCACCAGCGAGGACAGUAACUCCACGGAGAGCGGCUCUUCGCAAAGCAGGAGACGCGAAGGGCAGGCGGAACAGGAGAAUCAAAGGCGUCACGACGUCUGGAGAAGAUCCAUCGGGGUCCUCUACGGAAUGUCCCAGUUCCAGACAGCCUCGCACCCUGCUGCACCUCCGCCAGACUACGCUGGCGCGGUACAAGAGCUACAGGCCGACCAGGAGCGUCGAGCCGUGAGGACGGUGCCUUACGUCGGCUCGCAUCCCGCGUACCGACCUGCCAAUCAGCUGCACAGGGAUCACAGGAGAAGUAGGUCGUACCACAACCUCCAUCAUCCGUCGAGGUACUUGACCGACCCCCGGUAUCCUUAGGGCAAUUAACGACCAGUGCAAUCGAUGAGCAGCACUCGGCGUAGCAGGACUCUGCGGUGAAUUUUCGUGUAUUCAUCGAGUUUCGUGACGAUUACCUGUGAAGAAUACGAUUAUCAACGCAGUUAACUUGAACCAAGCAGGAGUUGUGACCAUGGGUCAAUGCUGUCCAUGCGAGGGGCUCCUCACGUGCUCCGUUCUUCUAGGUACCCUCGGGUACACAAGGGCCUAGCUAGUGGACAUAGCUGCAAGUGCGCGUCGAGAGUGAGUGGAAAACUGUUUGGCUAUGCAAGUCCCCCGGUUGAGACUCUCGUGGACAGCACUGCUCUUUAUGCUCAGACAGGACACUCGAAGGUUUUGGGGUUGCAAAGGGGUCAUUAUCAUGGACGUUUAUCGACCAUCGUUAAACAGUACGCUUAGAGAAGCCUUCGCAAUAAGAAAGCUUCUCGGAGCUGAUAAUCUGUAAAUAUCUUUUGGCGAGUUUGCAAAGGGGCUCACUGGAUCUCGAGCUGCAAGCUUCAGGAAGGCUCCGGGAAACUUGGGAAGUGGAUUUCGUCAGAGUGCGUUUUUUUUAGCGGAAUUCAAGUGGAGCCAGUAUAAUAAUUCGAUGUAACUCGUUUCCUGGAGUGUUACACAAUCUCCACCGCGAUACAGCGAGGUCCGAAAACGUUGUAAGCAAAAUGUAUAAACGAGACUCUAAAAUAGUACGCAGUAUAAGAUUCUGCAAGUUUCGAUUCGACUAGGUAUCGUUUUGCGAAGGUUUAAUUUACGGCCACGCUAUAUCGUGGGUAGGAUUAUAAAUUUCAGCGCUCAGAGUGUUUCUGAGAGUCGUUGAGGCGUAGAGUAGUCUCGUUGUGCGUUUUCAGAAAAUAUCUAGUGUCUUAUUUUUCGAAAACGCAGAGCGACGUGCUUGCAAGCGUGAGUGAAUUUAUUACCAUUUUUACUCUGAAUCUUUGAUAAAUUUUUCCAGGUAGUCCUACUGUAGCGUCGAACUCUCGUUCCCUUACAAUAAUUAUUCUUAGGAUUUCUUAUCGUGCAAGCAUUUAAUAAAAAUUACCUCGACAUUUGCGAUCAUGUAGAUUCAAUGUCAUGUGACCUUCAGCAUAGUGUGUAAUUAGAGGGAAAAUAUUAUUGUCAAGUCACGUGAGUGAUGUAGUGCGCAGCAUUGUUAUUAAAAAUAUUUUCAAUUUAAUUUAUCGCGUUAUUUUUUCAGCUGGGUAAAUUUGAUCGACACUUUUUAUCGCGAGCCUAACUUAUUUCUGACGUUAGUAGGCGCAGUCACGUGAUUUGAUAAUAGUGUACCGUUUUAAAAGUCGUUCGCGAAACGAACGACACUUUGCUCAA